UAAAAACUGUCCACGGCCGGGAAAGACCGUCGUUGAAUGCUGUAGCUAUCACUACGAUGUCCUGCAAUGUGUCUGUCUUUACAAGCAAUCGAAUUAUCAACCUUCUCAUGUAGCAAGCUGCUUACCUGAAACCUCAUUUUUGGAUAGAGUGAUAGUAGAAGUCUCAUUUCAGUAUGAAUGAGCCAGAGGGACUGCGGUUCAGGAGGCUGAACAGACCACAGAUUAUCACAGACGAAUUACAGGAACCCCAAUACAAGGGCACCAGUACCUACAGUGGAAAGGUAUUCCGUGUGACCCUGGUGACCCUGGGAGGAUGCCUGAUCCUUCCAUUGCUUGUAGUCUUUUUUCUGCUCGAGUCUCCUAUUCACCCUGAGCUGCUCAGCCUCAAUGAGCCUCCCCUUAUGUCUGGGUGUUACGAGCCCAACUUUAAGCUGAGAGAAGCACAGCGGCUGUUUGAGGACCAGCUUGUUGGCCCAGAGUCCAUUGCCAACUUCGGAGACGUCAUUUACACAGGUACGGCUGACGGGAAGAUAGUGAAGAUUGAAGGCAAGAGCAUCACUGUUAUAGCCAGACUUGGCAAGCCACCGUGUGAUGGAUCCCGUGAGCAGGAGCCUAGCUGUGGACGACCCCUGGGUAUCAGAGUGGGUCCUAACGGUACCCUUUUUGUAGCUGACGCCUAUCUGGGGCUGUUCGAGAUCAACCCUGUCACAGGUGAGGUGACCAACCUGGUGUCGGCUGGGCAGAUGGUUGGGGGCCGGAGGCUCUCCUUCGUCAAUGACCUGGAUGUAACACGGGAUGGGAGAAAAGUGUACUUCACAGACUCUAGCAGCAGGUGGCAGCGCAGAGACUACCUUCAUCUCAUCAUGGAGGCCACAGCAGAUGGACGUGUGUUAGAGUACGACACAGAGACCAAGGAGGUAACCGUGUUGAUGGAGAACCUUCGUUUUGCCAACGGGAUCCAGCUUUUCCCUGAUGAGGAGUCUGUGCUGGUGACUGAGACUACCAUGGCUAGGAUUCGCAGGGUCCAUGUGUCAGGUCUAAAUAAAGGAGGAAUGGACACAUUUGUUGACAACCUGCCUGGUUUCCCUGACAAUAUCCGUCGCAGCUCUUCUGGAGGGUACUGGGUGGCCAUGUCAGCGGUGCGGCCCAACCCUGGCUUCUCCAUGCUGGACUUCCUGUCCCAGAAGCCCUGGAUCAAGAAGCUCAUCUUUAAGCUCUUCAGCCAAGACAUGCUGAUGAAGUUUGUGCCUCGCUACAGCCUGGUGAUAGAGCUGCAGGAGAGCGGGACGUGCGUGCGUAGCUUCCAUGACCCCCAUGGCAUGGUGGCGGCCUACGUCAGUGAGGCACACGAGCACGACGGCCACCUCUACUUAGGAUCUUUCCGCUCCCCUUACCUCUGCAAGCUGGAUCUCCGCAAGGUGUGAGCUGAGCACAACCACUUUCUCAGACACGACCCAUAUAUGAGACUGCUGUCUGCCUACCUAACACCUCACUACCUAGUCUGUUUUCCAAUAACAGCAAAUACAUCAGAAUUGAAAAGAAUGGCUUCAUGCUUGAUAUGCUGCAUUUGCAUUGCUUUUCACCAGCUUCAGGAAAAAAUGGACUAGUCUUCAUUAAGUAUCUGCACUAUUAAGGCGCAUUUGACUGGAAUGCAUAUCCAUCCUUUCUAGUCUUAUCAGCCUACAAUUAACGAUUAACCCUUUAAUUUCUGUUGACAGUGCAUCUCAGUAGUUUCUCAAGGAAUGUUUUUUUAUUUAACCAAAUAGUCUUUGGGCCAAAUAGUUUGCCCAAAAAUCCCCAUGUAAGUACAUUGUCUUUCAGGUCUGUGUUUUAGGUUGUUGAAAUGUGCCAAAUUUGUUCUUAUUUUUGUUUUGCUUGUUUAAACCGUUCAGUAUCUCAACUUUUAAUUUCAUUUUUGCACUAAGCUCUCAUCUCACCCUUAAAUAUAACUGACAAUGUUAUUAUUGUACUUGGAGAAUUUCAAAGACUUAAUUUUAUCAGUUGAAAUACACACCGACUCAGUAUUAUUUUAGGAAUGCCACUUUGAACUGAUUUAUUUUGUGUAUAUUUAGAAAUCCAAGAUCUUGUUCAUCAUAAUAAAGGUGAUGCAAAAAAGA